AGCCUUGUCCCCUCCUUCCCCUCCCCAGGCCCCGAAGAGCGCUGGUGUGGACUAGAGGCUACCGGCCGGCGGAUUAACUGGAUCUCGGAAGCUGCAGCCGUUUAGGCUGGUGCCCUUUCCCGCUCUGGAAAGGAAGAGAAAUGGAAGUGAAAAAGUUGAGCAUUUCCUGGCAGUUCUUGAUAGUUCUGGUUCUGAUCCUGCAAAUUCUGUCAGCGUUGGAUUUUGACCCAUACAGAGUCCUAGGGGUCAGCCGAACAGCCAGUCAGGCUGAUAUUAAAAAGGCUUAUAAGAAGCUCGCCCGGGAAUGGCAUCCUGACAAAAACAAAGAUCCCGGAGCAGAAGACAAGUUCAUUCAAAUUAGCAAGGCCUACGAGAUUCUUUCCAAUGAAGAAAAGAGAUCAAAUUAUGACCAUUAUGGAGAUGCUGGAGAGAGCCAGGGCUACCAGAAGCAGCAACAGCAGCGCGAGUAUCGCUUCCGCCAUUUCCAUGAAAAUUUUUAUUUCGAUGAAUCUUUUUUUCACUUCCCUUUUAAUUCUGAGAGGCGGGACUCCAUUGAUGAAAAGUAUUUAUUGCACUUUUCACAUUAUGUGAAUGAAGUGGUUCCAGAUAGCUUCAAGAAACCCUACCUCAUUAAGAUCACCUCAGAUUGGUGCUUUAGCUGUAUCCAUAUCGAGCCUGUUUGGAAAGAAGUAGUUCAAGAACUGGAAGGAUUGGGUGUAGGAAUCGGCGUGGUCCAUGCCGGGUAUGAGAGGCGCCUGGCCCAUCACCUGGGAGCACACAGCACACCCUCGAUCCUAGGAAUCAUAAAUGGGAAAAUCUCCUUCUUCCAUAACGCCGUUGUUCGUGAGAACCUGCGGCAGUUUGUAGAGAGCCUUCUUCCAGGGAACUUGGUGGAGAAAGUAAGUACCUGGCUGAGAAGUAGAGGUGCCUGGGAUUGCUAACUGUCCUAUCUGUGGUCAUCUCAGACCUGAGUGUCAUUUCAAGCAGGGCAAGACACAUGAUA